AACAGUUGCCUUUUCCUCUCACACAAGGGAGAUCUCAUUUCGUUUUAGACUGGAUACAGCUGAAACCAAACCACACAUUAACAAGAAAGUAUGAUGGCUAAGCCCCCAAAACCAGCCCCUCGAAGGAUUUUCCAAGAAAGGUUAAAGAUUACUGCUCUACCCUUGUACUUCGAAGGUUUUUUAUUAGUGAAACGGUCAGAAUAUCAGGAAUAUAAACACUAUUGGACAGAGUUAAGAGGAACUACACUUUUCUUUUAUGCAGACAAAAAAAGUACAACAUAUGUUGACAAGUUAGACAUCCUAGGCCUCACAUGUCUUACUGACCAAAAUUCAACUGAAAAGAAUUGUGCAAAAUUCACCCUGGUUUUGCCAAAAGAGGAAGUGCAACUGAAGACAGAGAAUGCAGAAAGUGGAGAAGAAUGGAGAGGCUUCAUUCUUACUGUAACAGAGCUGUCAGUUCCUCAACAUGUAUCCCUCCUUCCUGGACAAGUAAUUAGACUGCAUGAAGUCCUAGAGAAAGAAAAAAAAAGGAGGAUUGAGACAGAGCAGCUACCAAGUACAUCUCUGGAAAAGGAAAAGGAACCGGUUGAAGAUUACAUGGAUGUACUGAACCAUAUGCCAGCAUGUUUUUAUACAGUGUCCCGGAAAAAAGCAACUGAGAUGCUUGAGAAGAACCCUUCCUUGGGAAAUAUGAUCCUGAGACCUGGUAGUGAUAAUCGAAAUUACUCCAUCACUAUCCGGCAGGAGAUGGAUAUGCCAAAAAUCAAGCACUACAAAGUGAUGAGUGUAGGAAACAACUACACUAUUGAACUGGAAAAACCUGUUACACUCCCAAAUCUUUUCAGUGUCAUUGAUUAUUUUGUGAAGGAGACACGUGGAAAUUUACGACCAUUUAUAUUUUCAAGUGAUGAAACCCUUGAGACCAAAGGAUUUCCUGUAACAUCUCUAAAGUAA